AUGGGAGACUAUUAUUGGUUCGGGUGUCAAGCUCACAGAGAUGUAGAAAAGGCAGCCAACUAUUAUGCAUAUUCUGCUGCUAAAGGCGAUCCCCAGGCUAUAUUUACCAUUGGAAUGAUGAUAGAGGAAGGUGUACCAAUAUCACAAAAUAUUCUUCACAGUGUUGGUGUAACAAAACAACUCCGAAAAGAUAAUACAACCAUUUUAACUACCUUAUACUCCAAAUGUAAAGAGUCGAAGAGAACAGAAGCCUACCUACCGUGCACUAUAGCCUUAUUACGAGUACAGCUUAUGGAUAUAUGGACUAGAUACCAUAUAUGGAUGAAGCUAUCAAGUAUUAUUGGAAUAGCAGUUUUUACCACGACCACUUUUUAUACUGCACAUCACCACUUCCGGUUGAGACGGCAGACUACAGACACAGUUUAA